CCCAACCGUCGCACCUCAUCUGACCGGCCGUUUACUCUUUGGUGCCUAUUCUUCGUCACCAUCAGCACGACCUAGUUAGGGUUUCACUCUAUUUUAAGUCUUGUUGACUUCAACAGCAGCAGCAGCAAUCUAACUGCAAUUUACAUAUUCUUCUUUCCAUUUGUGAGAAAAUUCGACAUGGAUUCCACAUCAGAAAGCCGUUCAUUCUCUGUCAAACUAUGGCCACCAAGCAAGAGCACCAGAUUACUACUCGUUGAACGAAUGACCAAGAAUCUAAUAACUCCAUCCAUUUUCUCCCGAAAGUAUGGUCUCUUGACUAAAGAAGAAGCAAAAGAGGACGCCAAGCAAAUAGAGAUCGCGGCUUUCGAUGUUGCAAAUCAACACUACGAAAAGGAACCAGAUGGAGACGGCAGUUCUGCAAUUCAACUCUAUUCUAAAGAAUCAGGUAAACUAAUGCUCGAUGUUCUCAAAGCAGGCCCGCAGCAGCGUCAAAAUGGUUUAGACGUGAUCCCAGAAAAGCGCGAUGAAGUUGUUUUCGAUAUAUCUGGAGGUCGUCGAGCCUUUAUCGAUGCAAAAGAGACUGAGGAGCUGUUGAAGCCGCUUGGUGAAGGUGGAAAUAAAUACACUAGAAUAUGUUUUAGCAAUAGAAGUUUUGGAUUGGAAGCAGCUCGAGUUGCCGAGCCGAUCUUGUCAUCACUCAAGGAUCAACUUAAGGAAGUAGAUCUUUCGGAUUUUGUUGCAGGAAGACCCGAAGCAGAAGCCCUAGAAGUGAUGAAUAUCUUUUCUUCAGCUCUUGAUGGAUGUGAAUUGCGUUACUUAAACCUCUCAAACAAUGCCUUGGGCGAAAAGGGUGUAAGGGCAUUUGGGAAACUCUUGAAAUCCCAAAACAGUCUUGAAGAAUUAUAUUUGAUGAAUAAUGGUAUCUCGGAAGAAGCUGCAAGAGCUGUUCAAGAGUUAAUUCCUUCAACGGAUAAGUUAAGGGUUCUUCACUUCCAUAAUAAUAUGACUGGGGAUGAAGGGGCUGUCUUCAUUUCUGAGAUCGUUAAAAGAUCUCCCCUCUUGGAGGAUUUUCGUUGUUCUUCAACAAGGAUUGACUUUCAAGGGGGAGUCAUCCUUGCAGAGUCUCUUGGGAGGUGUACUCUUCUAAAGAAGUUGGAUCUUCGGGACAACAUGUUUGGUGUAGAAGCUGGAAUCACAUUGAGUAAGGAGGUUUCUUCUAGGUUCAAUGAUCUUACAGAGAUUUACCUCAGUUAUUUGAAUUUGGAAGAUGACGGUUCAAAGGCGCUCGCGAAUGCUCUCAACAAAUGUGCACCUUUAUUGGAGGUUCUCGAGAUGGCUGGAAACGACAUAACUGCUGAAGGUGCUCGUGACUUGGCUACCUGUAUAGCCACCAAACAGUUCCUUAAGAGGCUCAAUUUGGGUGAGAAUGAACUGAAAGACAAUGGUGCUAUUUUAAUUGCCAAGGCGUUGGAAGUGGGAGGUCAUGGGCAGUUAACUGAAGUCGAUAUGAAUACUAAUUUGAUUAGACGUGCUGGUGCUCUGGUCUUGGCUGAAGUUGUAGUUGAUAAGCUCGGUUUCAAAUUGCUGAACCUAAAUGGUAAUUUCAUAUCUGAUGAAGGGAUCGACGAGCUGAAGGAGAUAUUUAAGAAUUGUCCAGCUAAACUAGGGGAAUUAGACGAGAAUGAUCCUGAAGGGCAAGAAGAUCUGGAGGAAGAAGAAACCGAAGAUGGACUCGAAUCCAGCCUCAAGGGUCUUAAGAUAGAGCAAAACAAUGACUGAGAUUUGCUUUGCUAGUUUCUUAAUUCUCUUGCAAUUUCCUUUGAAUAUGUUUACAAUUAAUUUCUAUUGAACAAUGAGUUUAGUUGACCCUUUUGAAAGCAUACUAAAGAUUAUAUAAUUCAACAAUGAAUGCAAUACAAAAUCUUUUCAAACAGUUUUAUACA